CUCGAAGCAGCCCAUGGCAAUCAGGAAAAUAGUAGAAUGUCAUCAAACGGAAAAAUUUCCAAUCUGAAACACGAACUACAAAAUGUGAAAGAAUUGUUGCAUUGUUCAGAAAUGGAGAAAAGUGAACUUAAGGCGGCAAUUAAGGAAAUGGCUCUCGGGAAACAAUACUUAACGAACGAGCUUUGCGCUACCCAGAUGAUGAAUACUAAACUUGCAAAGCGGAUUGAUAAGCAGAGAGAUUAUUUCCAGAGGAAAGAUGCAACGAUGCAGCGGGAAUUGAAGCAAAUAAAAUCCUCGCUCCAAUCGAUGCAGAGAUCUCUACAUUUAUCCAACGGGAAACUAGCCCGUCAUAUGCGACAUUGUGCCGGUACACGAUACUGCUUGGGGGCGAUGUUUCUUCGCAUGCGGUCUACCAAGCUUUGGCAUGAGAAACGACGGGAUCGCUAUCAGCAGGUGUGCUUCCAGUUUGCGGAAUAUGUACGAGAGCAGAACCGAUACAUGGAAGACGUUGCGGCGGUUAAGCUCAGCUACGAGAGUAUUACCACAUGCCACAGGCAGUAUUUGGAUCUGCUGACCCGGUGCUCGCAGUUGUUACACGAAAAUAUGAACCUAAGGUUGCUGUCUCUGGAUGGUUUUGAGAAGCGAGAGGAGUAUAUGAAAGGAAAGUUUAACGUGCAGAAAGUUGACAGCACUGGCGAACUUGAAUCCGACAAGGAUGAUGUUGCAUCUGGGACUUUGGAAACAACGUACAUGACAACUUCCAAAUCUACCGUGCGACAGCGUUCGAGUUCUGUUUAAUUGCAGGUAUUAUCAAACUUUUUUUCCAUAACCGAUGAGAACGGAAGAGAAAGCUCAAUUUAAAUGAAACAUUGCAUUCAGAUCCGUAUGUAUGAAAUGUUUGUAUGAAAUGCAUAGAUAAGGGUGGGAAUCAAUGCUCUUCAUUGUGCGUUGAUUUUCACAUGUGAAAAGGAGACUUAUUUUUACAAAUUUUUAGUUUUUGGAAAAAAAUAUGUAUUUAUGGUUUCAUUGCGACAAUA